AUAUUUGUCUAGCUCAUAAAUUGCUGCCAUUUUUUCGGGAAUAAAUUUUAUAGCUUAUUACGUCCAAUUUGUAGCAUCGGAAAUUGAAAUGAGGCAUGAUUCGGUUUCGGUCUGGCUUUGGGUCAUUGCAGAUGAGCAGUUCGGCAGUUCGUACGGCGCUUGUACUUAUGGCUACGUUCGUAGCGAGCUCACAGGCUACCAAGUGUCCGCCCGAGAGCACGAACCUGGACGGUCCGCGAAGAGUGAUUCUGGAUCUGGAUGGAGGUGGUGAUGAUGGUUGGGCGCUGCUUAUGCUGUUGGCAAACGAAGAGCGGUACAACAUCUGCAUCCAGGCCGUAACCUGUUCGCACGGAAAUGCUCGGGUGUCAGACGUGUUGGUUAAUGUGCUGCGUGUACUCGAUAGUCUGGAUAGAUUGGACGUGCCGGUGUACGUUGGAGCGAGUGAGCCAUUGAUAACACCUGGACCGAACCGUAACGUUUCCCACUACUUUUGGGGCAAUAAUGGGUUUGGAGAUGUGGAGUUUGAUUGUUUACCUUCGGUGGACUCGCUACACCCGAUCCACGCAGUUGAGGCUAUGAGAGAGCUGUUUGAAAUGUAUCCAAACAGGAUCACCCUACUCGCGGUAGGACCACUCACAAAUUUGGCCCUACUGUACAAAAUGUAUCCGGAGACGAAGGAGAAAAUAGGCGGCUUGUACAUUUUGGGUGGAAAUCGACACGGUGUGGGCAACACAGCACUGACGGCCGAAUUUAACUUUUUUCGCGAUCCUGAAGCAGCCCAUAUUGUUAUCAACAACUCUCCAAUGAUCGUGCACGUGUUUCCAUGGGAAACGGUCCUGGCGCAAACGUUCACAACCAGAUGGCGAUUUGAGACGUUUGCAGAAACGAUUAACCCUGCCGUGGAGGUGCUAAAUCGGGUGGAAUAUAAGGUGUAUGCGGAAGAGGAAAUAUGGACACCUUGUGAUAUGUACGUGGCAGCGAUCUUUUUGAACAGCAGCAUCCUUCAAACGGUGCAAAGCUAUCGGGCUGACGUUGAGCUGACGGGAACCGUAACUAGAGGAAUGAUGGCUAUUUUGCAUCAUGUGAAAGACGUCAAUCAACACAACGUGGUCGUUAUAGAUAGGAUCGAUUCACAUGAAGUGCAGCGAAUGUUGGUUGCAUUAAAUAAUGCUGCCAAGUGA